AUAUAGAAACUUAACCAAACAUAAUAAUGUCAAUGGAAAUAGAAAGUGGUCAGUUUUCAGAUGCUGAUGUUGACAUUGAAUGUUGUUUAAAUGAUGGAAAAACUAGAAGCGAUGAAGUGACUAGAAGUGAUGAAGAGCAAUAUCAUCAAGAUGAGUAUGAAGAAGAUAGUGACGAUGAUGAUUGGUGGGAUGACGUACCAAUCAACAAAGGGCAAAGAAAUAUAACUGUGAACAAAUUAAACGUGUCAAACAAACAAAAAACCAGCCUUCAACCCCAAGACAAACAAUUUGGCAAAUAUGUGAAUAAAAUCAAAUUAGAUAAAUAUGAAGGUCCAUUAUUGAAUGGUAAGAUAGCGACAAGUUUUCAAGAAAUUUCAAAGAAACAAUAUGCUCAGAAGUGCCGUGUAAAAGAUCGUAAAGAUCGUGCGACGGUAGAACAAGUGCUUGAUCCGCGCACAAAAAUGAUUCUGUUCAAACUAUUGAAUAAAAGUAUUAUCAAUGAGAUUAAUGGAUGUAUCAGUACAGGCAAAGAAGCCAACGUGUAUCAUGCUUCGACGACGUCGGGCUACGACCGUGCUGUCAAGAUAUUUAAGACGUCAAUUUUGGUGUUUAAAGAUCGCGAUAAAUAUGUCACAGGAGAAUUUCGUUUUCGUCAUGGAUACUGCAAAGGGAACCCUAGAAAAAUGGUGAGAACAUGGGCUGAAAAAGAGAUGCGAAACCUUCUGCGCAUGCACGCUGUUGGCAUACCGUGCCCCGAGCCAAUCAUAUUACGUAAUCACGUUCUCGUUAUGGAAUUUGUUGGCUCUAAUGGUUUUCCAGCUCCUCUUUUGAAAGAUGCGAAUAUUACGGAAUCAAAAGCCAGAGAACUAUAUCUUUUGUGUGUACGAAUAAUGCGUGACUUGUAUUGGAAAGCGAAGCUAGUUCACGCUGACCUGUCAGAAUUUAAUAUCCUGUACGAUAUCGUAAAAGAUAGAAUGACUAUAAUCGAUGUGUCGCAAUCUGUUGAGCAUGAUCACCCAAGCGCCUUAUUGUUUUUGCGUAAAGAUUGCACGAAUAUAAACGAGUUCUUCCGUAAGCAGAAGGUGUGUGUAAUGACUGUUAAAGAACUGUUUGACUUUAUAACUGAUCCUAAUGUCACGGAUGAAAAUAUCGAAGACUAUUUAGAGCAUGCGCAGAGGAUCGCCGCUGAAAGAUCGGACGAUGACGUCACUCAAAAGGAUUUAGUAGACGCAGAGGUGUUUAAGAACGCGUUUAUUCCGCAGCGGUUGGAUGAUGUAGUUGAUUUCGAACGUGAUGUGGCACAAGCUGAGAAAGGUAACGCAGAGCAUUUGUACUACACAAAUGUAGUCGGAAUGAAGAAGGAUUUGACUGUCCCGAAAUCCGAUGUCGCCGAAUCUGAGGAGGAGGGUGAUGACUCGACAGUUUCUUCCAGGUCUGAUAAUUCAGGAGACGAGCGCGAAAGGGAGUCAGAGAAAAUUGUCAGAAGCACAAAAGAAUUACGGAAAGAACAUAAAAAAUUGGUCAAAGAAGAAAAUCGGGAAAAGCGGAAAGAAAAAAUGCCAAAGCACGUGAAAAAAAGAAAAGAGAAAAUGACGAAAGGCGGGAAAAAGAAAUAAUUUCGCUCUUAUAUUUUCUCUCUUUUUUAUAUGCAGUAUAUACAAUAAAAGAGCUCCUAAUAAAAUUCAGCACUUCUAAUGAGGCAAAUAAAAAUAAACGACAAUAAAUUUAAGAUUGUAUUUCUCUCACAAUGUAGAACGUCUUUUCUUUGGAGCGCAAGCACGACAACUACACUCUGCAACUUCGUCGACUGGCACGACUUUGGUUCGCUCUUUGCCGUCACUUUUAACAUCACAUUUGAUAGAAUGCAACCUUGUUCUCAUCUUUUUCGCUUUACAACACGUGCAUUUUGAUUCGUAAAAUGGAUAAACAUGUUUAUACUGCGUUGCUGACGGACAGUAGCCGACACAAUAUUUAACUUUAAUAGCUAAAAAGAAAAGAGUUUCUGUUAUAAUAGGACUGCUUUAAUUAUUAUUUAUUCUUUUAAUUAUUUUUUCUUUUUGAGGAAAGGGGGAAUGGGGUAUAUUUUUUAGGCUGGAGUUGAUACAAUAUAUAUAUAUAUAUCGAUUUAAAACAGACUGCUUUUAGGUUCAAUUCGAAUACCACUUUUUCAUUUUUUCUAUCCUCAAAGUUGCUUAAUUGUUAAGAGUGUAUUAAAAUUCAAAAAUCACAAGAUUUUAACUUUACAUUUUUUGUGCUUUAAAGUUCGUGUCUUUUAGAAAAAAAAGAUUUUAUUUUUUAAAAAACUCUUUUGUAAGUAACUGGUUAGACUAUCUAGAAUUAAUUCUAGGUUGCUUACGGAGAUAAUUUUUUCACCUGGCGAGUUACUUAGCGAUUGCUUAAUGUUUAAGUCAAAUCUUUACCUCGACCGUUAAAGAAUGUGUGUGUUUUUAUUACACGAUUUCAGUCAAAUACACAUUCAGGCAAGUUCAUAAAUAUGAUAAGUAAACAAA